AUGCGCAACCUGAAAAAUGUGCGCCUCGCAGAGGUGCAGCUUCAGAGUGAGCUCCCUUUAACAGCGACAGCUUGGGAUACAUCUUCAGAUGCUGUUAUCUGCACAUUUGGCCCAACGCCCACAAACGCAGUCAUCGAACUGCGGAGAAAGCGCCAUGAUACCCAUUUUUCAGAUCCCGUGAGCCCAGAAGUCUUCGAGACUAUUGCAUCCUGGGACGCCCCAUGUCCGUUACCCGAGCUUGAUUGUGACAGGGUUCUCUCUCUACAUUACUUUGCAGAUACUUUGACAGCCUGCUUGGUACUGGAGGGAGGCGAUAUCAUCAUCGUCCGCGAAGAACCGCUUCCGGGCGAGGACAAGAUCGAGAUUGUGGGCUCUGUUGAUGUUGGCAUUACAGCAGCCGCUUGGUCACCGGAUGAGGAGCUUUUAGCUCUUACAACGGCAGCCAAUACGUUUCUGUACAUGACUAGGGAGUUUGAGAAUGUUGCUGAGAUAUCAUUAACCCUGGAGGACCUCAAGGCAUCACAGCAUGUCUCUGUCGGCUGGGGAAAGCGUGAGACCCAGUUCCAGGGGAAAAGAGCCAAAGCUCUCCGAGAUCCCACUGUCCCGGAAAAGGUGGACGAGGGCAAGCUGAGCGGUACUGAUGACGGGAGGGCCACUAUCAGCUGGCGGGGAGACGGUGCUUAUGUUGCAGUGAAUAGCAUUGAAGGUGGCAGCCGUCGUGCAAUCAGAGUCUACUCCCGCGAGGGAACUUUGGAUAGCGUGAGCGAGCCUGUCGACGGUCUGGAGGGUGCCCUUAGCUGGAGACCCUAUGGCAAUCUUAUCGCGGGCAUCCAGAGGCUUGAGGAUAAGAUCGAUGUGGUUUUCUUUGAGAGAAAUGGUUUACGGCAUGGCCAGUUCACACUUCGCCUCACUGAAGAGGAGCGAAACACAUGGGCUUCGAAUAUCAGCUUGAGCUGGAAUGUUGACUCUACAGUACUUGCGGUGCAAUUUAAGGAUAGGGUCCAGUUCUGGACGACCGGCAAUUAUCACUACUAUCUUAAACAGGAGUUACCUGUGGUCAUAGACCCUGAAAAUCGGUCUUUGUUGGCUUUCAAAUGGCAUCAGGAGAAGGCUUUGCGCUUUGUUACAGGCUCAACUGUGUCAAUCCUGGAUGGCGAAUUUGUUUUCGAGGUGCUACAUGGUUCAACCACUUCCCCUAACGACGUCGGAGCUGUUGCCGUUAUUGACGGAAAAAACCUCAAGCUGACACCACUGAGACUCUCUGGGGUCCCGCCACCUAUGGCUCACAACGAGCUGGCGCUUGACUCAAAUGCUAUUGACAUUGCGUUUAGCAAGACUGGAACAAGGAUAGCUGUGCUUAUGAAUGACCGCUUCUCCAUCUUUCUGUGGUCUCUUAAAUCUCGACCCGUACCUGUACCGAUCCUGGAAUCAAGCUAUCCCUUGUCGGAUGAAAAGCAUAGUCGUCCUCGUCAAAUCGCGUUCCUUAAUGAUAAUGAAGUCUUUGUUCUGCGGAACACGGGCCCAAACAACACAUGUAUCGAGCGGACCACGUUGGAAACAAGGGAAACCAAGGUUGCCUAUGAAGCAGGUGACUCCGAGCAGCUGAUUUCGAUAUUUACAAGCUUAGGCCACGAAGCAUUAUGGUUCUCGAACGUCCCUCGACCUGGACAAACAGUUGCUUAUUCUAGCAUAACCAUACCCUCGCUAGAUGAGUUCCGAGUCAAUCCCUGGGCCCAGAGUCCUGCAGUUGACACAUACUGGGCCAAGAGUGUCCAGAUCUCGGAUGACGACACGAUCUUGAUCUCCUUGGCUAGGACUGGAGGCCUAUUCGCAAACAAGACGUUACUUGCGAAGAACUGCACAUCCUUCCUCCUCACUCCAUCUCAUGUUAUUUUCACCACCUCUCUACACCUCUUGAAAUUCGUGCAUAUUUGCCGCGCCGAAGACAUGGAAGUCCCUCCUGACACUCCAGAGACGGACGAACGUUGUCGAAGCAUCGAGCGAGGAUCCCGCCUCGUAACCGUGAUGCCUUCUACCUUUGCGGUCAUUCUGCAAGCUCCCAGAGGAAAUAUCGAAACCAUAUACCCGCGAGCCCUCGUGCUCGCCGGGAUCCGAUCAUUUAUUGACCGGAAGGAUUAUCGAUCUGCGUUCCUCACCUGCCGCAGUCAAAUGGUCGACAUGAACAUCAUCCAUGACUACAACCCUGAACAGUUCAUGGAGAGCAUCUUGCUAUUCGUUGAACAGGUGAAGAGAGUCGACUUCGUCGAUGAGUUUCUCUCGCGCUUAAAAGAGGAAGAUGUCUCGCAAACACUUUAUAAAGACACACUUAGAGCCCUCAAAGUCGAUACCGCAGCGCAAGCCCUCACAAACCCAGCCAAGAAAGGCAACAAAGUGAAUAAAAUCUGCGAUGGCUUUUUGGCUGCUCUAGAGAAACGGUCCGAGUCAAAUCUGCACAACCUCAUCACUGCGUACGUUUGCAAGCUUCCACCAGAUCUCGAAUCUGGUCUUCAACUUGUCGCCCGCUUGAGAGGUUCGUCUACUCUACCGCCCUUCUCUAGCCCUUACUUACUAGGUUUAGAUGAGAGCCCUGAACAGGCUGAAGAUGCUGUUGAGCACAUGUGCUUCUUGACGGAUGCGAACCGACUAUAUGAUACAGCCUUGGGCCUAUAUGACCUGGAGCUCACUUUACUUGUGGCUCAGCAAGCACAGAGGGACCCCCGUGAAUACCUCCCGUUCUUGCGAAAGCUGCAGCAACUGCCAGAGCUUCGACGUUAUUAUGAGAUCGACAACUAUCUUGGAAGAUGGGCCAAGGCCCUAAAACAUCUUCACGCAUUGGGAGUCCACGACGAACUCCGCGAGUACACAGUCAAGCACGUCCUAUACAAGGACGCUAUUGAUAUCUACAAGUACCAGCCAGAAUUGCUCCACCAAAUAACCCACCUCUACGCGGACUACCUAUACGGAGAGUCCAAGUAUCAGGACGCCGGUAUUGCCUACGAAUCUCUGGCUCUCUACACAGACGCCUACAAGUGUUACCAACUCGCACAUCUCUGGCGCGAAUCUCUAUAUUGCGCAAUGCUCACCCCCCUCUCCUCAGAGGACCUAACAAACCACGCGGCGUCUCUCGCCACAACUCUAAUUGAAGAAAACAAAGACUACACCUCAGCGUCACAAAUUUACUCCGAACACCUGCACGACAUUCCCACCGCGGCACGCCUGCUCUGCCGCAGCUCCCGCUUCUCUGACGCCAGCCGCCUGCUAACCCUACACAAUUCCACACCCCUGAUUCCGGAGAUUAUCGACACCAGCCUCGGCGAUGCAAUGGGUAGCAUGACCGAUCUCCUCGCGGAUUUCCGCUCACAACUCGCUGCCCAGGUUCCCCGCAUUGGCGAACUGCGUAUUCGCCGGAUCCAGGAUCCCUUGGCUUAUUUUGGUGGUGAUCCCGCCGCUGCGGAUGGGAUAGGAGGAAUAGAUAUUCCCGAUAACGUCUCGCUGGCGCCGACGGACGCAUCCACACUUGCUGGUAAGAGUAUGUUCACCCGCUACACGGGCAAGACAGCCUCCGGCAAAACCACUAGCUCGCGGCAGAGCUCCCGCAACCGGCGCAAAGAAGAACGCAAAAGGGCGCGUGGAAAGAAGGGGACUGUGUACGAAGAGGAGUACCUCGUCAACAGUGUGCGGCGUUUAAUCGAGCGGGUAAAUUCGACUGUCCCCGAGGUAGAGAAUCUGGUUGAUGCGCUGCUUCGGCGGGGAAUGAGACAACGCGCUGCGGCGAUUGAGAAGACGAUGGGUGAUGUUCUCAAGUUGUGUGCGGAGAGUCAGGUGGAGGUCUUUGCCGUCGCGGCCGAGCCAAUGCAGCAGGAAGAAGGUGCGGAAAAGCAGGAUGGAGGCGUCUCAAUGAAUCUGCCUGUUGAUGCUCCGGUACCGCUUGGAGGGCAGAGGGUCUUCUGGGAGAGCGUUGUUUCUACGGGUAGGGCCCAGGCGGCGCCUAAGAUUAAGGAGAUGAAGAAGUCGGCGUUGUUGAAUUAG